AAGGAUUUUAAUUUACCAUAUCUUAACAUUAAAGAUAAAAAUAAAAAUAAAGGAAAUCUAAUCCCACUUACAAUAAUAUUUGGACAAGAAGAAAAUUGAAAAAGGGGUUGACAGCCCGUCAACACACCCACCGCUGAUCGGUAGUAAUCUUUCUGAAGAGAUAGCUUCCGUUUAGAUCCAACCAAAACCCGCAACCCUUUUAAGCCUUCUUUGAUUCUUGAUUCAUAGCCAAUAGGAUUUGCAAUUAUCAGAAGGGAGGUGGAAAAAAAAAGAAAUACUAGUAGUAAAAUUAAAAUAUGGCUUCAACGGAGGGUCUGGUGCCCAUAACAAGGACGUUUCUCGCUUCUUAUUACGACAAGUACCCAUUCGACCCACUCUCCGACGACGUAUCUCGUCUUUCCUCUCAGAUUCGCUCAUUCGCCCAGGAUUUGCUCCCAGGCUUUCCCCCGACUCAAGGUGAAGGCUUAUUAAUACAAGAAGCUGACAAUGAGCCUCCGCAUAAAAUGGAUGAGAACAUGUGGAAAAAUAGAGAACAUAUUGAAGAAAUUCUGUUUUUACUUGAAAGAUCUCACUGGCCAACCCUGCUUCAGCAUCCAUCAACACCUGAGGUUGCUGAAUUUGCUACUAUUCUUCAGCAGCUCAAGGAUAAAUUUCAGAGGACUUUGAGGAUGUUGGAGUCUUUCCAAUCAAGAAACUCAGAACGUGUAUUUAACACAGUUAUGACCUACAUGCCUCAAGAUUUUCGAGGAACACUCAUCAGACAACAAAAGGAGAGAUCAGAGAGGAAUAAGCAAGCAGAGGUAGACGCUCUGGUUAGUUCUGGUGGAAGCAUACGUGAUCGAUAUGCUUUGCUGUGGAAGCAACAAAUGGAUCGAAGGAGACAGCUAGCGCAACUUGGUUCUGCAACAGGUGUCUAUAAAACCCUUGUAAAGUACUUGGUUGGAGUUUCGCAGGUUUUAUUGGAUUUUAUUCGGCAAAUAAAUGAUGAUGAUGGGCCCAUGGAAGAGCAACGGCAACGCUAUGGACCACCAUUGUAUAGCCUUACAAGGAUGGUGCUUUUUAUCCGUCUCUUUCUUUCAUUUGCAUGGCAGCGAUUUGAAACUUUUAAACUAAAUAGGCAUCAAAUUUCAGUGCUCGAAGAAGCUGUUGAUGUAUACACCUCCGAAUUUGAGAGGUUCAUAAACUUUAUAAGUGAGGUCUUUGCAAAUUCGCCAUUCUUUAUUUCAGCAGAGGAUGCCAGCAUGUUAGAGAUGAGGAAAAAUGAUGAAUACGUGGAGAUAACUGUUCCUGCUGGGAAAAGUUAUGAGGUUUCAUUGACAGUGGAGUCAAUAAACUCAUAUAUUGCUUGGGAUUUCUCAUUGGUGCAAGGCAAGAUGAACAUGGAUAUUGGAUUUACUGUGGAGUACACAAAUACUGGUGGGGAAAAAACACUAAUAUUACCUUACAGGCGUUAUGAGUCUGAUCAAGGCAACUUCAGCACAUGCAUGGCCGGAAACUACAAACUCAUCUGGGAUAAUUCAUAUUCAACAUUUUUCAAGAAGGCCCUUCGAUACAAAGUGGACUGUAUUCCUCCGGUUCUGGAGUCAGGCCAGUCAAAUGAAGUGGAAGGGUGAUGAUACCUUGAAAGCAAGCAUGUCAUAUUUUUAUUCUUCCGUGGUUUUCUAUCGCCUUUAAUUUUAUACUAUAAGACCUGUCAUUUUGGUUUUGAUUAUCUGAGACUGGCUCAGCGAAGGCAGUCCUAUAAAAUACGCCUAUGUUUGUACGCUACCUUGCAAUCAGUUGAAAUUGAUUCUUGUUUUAAUAAUGAAAGAGUGGAUUUCCUUCACAAAUCAUAAAAACAUGUGGAA